AUGGACGGCGCGUGUGUCUUCCGCGAUUAUAGCAACGAGCAGUCUUCCAUGUACCUAGUGAAGGCAAUAUGUCUUGUAACCUGCAAAAUGAUGCAGGCGGCCCCUUUCCUGCGAAUGGACGCUGAUGGCCCACUUAUGGAGCCUUUAGAGUUUGCAUCUAAGCUGCUGACCGGUCUCAAUGCGGCUGUCAAAGCAGACCUUGAGCCCGAUAGGAUCGUCAAGGUCCAAGUUCUUGCACUGAUGCAUCUACACACGGAUGGGCUGGAUGGGAUGGACCGUGCAUCAAGUUGCCUAUCACAGGCCAUUUGUGAAGCGUGGUCGUUGUCUCUACAUGUGCAAAUUCCAGGGAGCCUGGAGCAAGAUCAGAACGACCUUUUGUGGUGGUCUCUGCGAAACUUCGACCGAGUAAACAAACCUAUUACGGGAGCGGCACCUUUCUUCAUUGACGACACUGACAUUGGACUUGAGCGUACCGGCCUAAUGAAAGACAGCUACCGCUCCCAGAUAAUGGAGGUAUCCCUGCGUUUGGGUGAUCUCAUGGUUACUGCAACCAAGGUUUAUAAAGCAAGCUGUAAAGCUGCCGUCGAUCAAUGUCAGGAAUUUCUAUCCCUCGCGGAGCUUACGUCGGGCACCGAUUAUUACCAUUUCCACAGAUCGCACAGAGGUAUAUUGUACCCCCAACCCCUCCUUCUCAAAUUAAUCUCGCGAUUAAGACUAAGGGAAAUAGCGUAUCUGGAGAUUUGGUAUCAUGUGGCUGCCAUGCUAUCCUGUCGGUACAGCGGACCGGGCAGCGUUCAAUACAAUCGACGCCUCGCAUCAGCUGAUCGUAUCGUCGAUUUAACCUCCUGUAACAAGGGUCAGAAUCUCCCCCCACUCCCUCUCGUGCCAUAUGCAAUGUCAAUGGCCCUUACAGUUAUAUAUCGCGCCUUGCGUGACAACCAACGUGAUACUAAGAGCGCGUAUGACGACCUCCUCGUGUGCUGCAAUGCUUUGGAGGCUAUGAGCAAAAUGUGGACAAGCACGAAGAGGGUGGUUCAACUUGCAAAGCGGUUGUUGAAGGUUAUAAACAAGCCUGGGGUCAUGAAUUCCAGGCAUCCGGGUAAUAGUACCGAUCACCUUCGCCGUGAAGCAGGGCCCUUCACCGUUACAGCUGCAGAUAAUUCCUCAACAAUCAGACAUCGAGCAGACAGUGGAUGUUCCAACGCUGAGGAAAUAGCAACAAUUCCACUUGGUGCUUCUCAGUCUCAUAAAGCAGUGCAUAACGGACAUGCGGCACAUCGUGACGAAUAUACACAGCAGUCGAACAAAAUGUGGCUAGGGUCCGAAACGUCCGACUUUCAGCUCGACAGGGCGAUCUUCGACUUGUUUGACGACAGUUUGCCAAUCGCAUUCCAAGAUCCUGCCACAUUGGAUUAUAUCCACUUCUCAAUGAACGAGAAUAGCUACUCCAGCAACAAUUUCCAGUUCUGCUCUAAUUUUGCCUCUCCGGACCUAGAAUAUGGUGACGACAGCCUUCACGCACACAUUGACUCGAACUUGAGAAUGGAAUUUGCGCAGAAUGAAUAG